ACAUUGGUCAUUCGAAGUAUGGCAAACCGAAAUCAAAAUGUUCAUUAUUUGUGCAAUUUUGUUAUCAGUUACAUUACAAUAUAAUGUAUAUUCUAGGGAGUUAGGUCAAAGGCGUCUGUACUCUCUGGAGGAGGCUCCAACACUUUUCGAACAGUUUAUAAAAGAUUACAAUAAAGAGUAUGAUGAGAGCGAGAAGGAAGAAAGGUUUAAAAUAUUUGUGAACAAUUUAAAGGAUAUUAACGCUAUGAACGAGAGGAGUUCGAAUGCUGUUUACGGUAUCAAUAAGUUUUCGGAUCUGAGCAAAGAAGAAUUCAUAAAAUAUUAUACUGGUCUGAAACAAGACAGCUGUCCAUCGAAUGAGCAUCAUAAAAGUACUGAUUUGCCAAAAUCAUUUAAUAUUACUGCACCGGAUCAAUUUGAUUGGCGAAAGAAAGGAGUUGUCAGCAGCGUAAAGUUUCAAGGACAUUGUGGUUCAUGCUGGGCAUUUAGUGUGGCUGGUAAUGUUGAAAGUAUACAUGCUAUAAAGACUGGUAAGCUCAUAGACGUGUCUGAGCAACAACUACUGGACUGUGAUAAAAAUGAUUCGGGAUGUUCAGGAGGACUCCCAUGGAAUGCCAUGAGAUAUUUCGUCGCUAAUGGUGCAAUGUCUUUGAAGUCUUAUCCUUACGUUGCUAAAGAAGGAAAAUGCCGUUAUGAUAGCAGUAAAGUUGAAAUAAGAUUAAAGGAAUAUAAACACAUAGAAAAACUAUCGGAAGACCAAAUUAAGGAACAUCUUUACAAUAUCGGACCGUUGAGUAUAGGUAUAACGUCAUCACCACUUGCAUCGUAUAAUGGGGGAAUUCUUAUUGAAGAGUGUCAUAGAAGUUAUCUAAUCAAUCACGCUGUUCUUUUGGUAGGAUACGGAAAAGAAAACGGCGUUAAAUACUGGAUCGUCAAGAAUUCCUGGGGUCAGAAUUGGGGGGAAAAUGGUUAUUUUAGAAUGAAGAUGGGAGUGAAUUGCUUAUUGGUAACUGAAUGCGGAAUUACAACAGCUGUUAUAUAGAAAAAGAAAAAAGUGUUGAAUGUUUACAAUAAAUUAUUGCUUGAGCCUUUCUUUAUCCACGAACAUAAUUUCUAAUUGGAGUGUGAAAAAUAGAUCAACAUAUAAAA